CAAUAGUGUGCUAAAACUAGAACGCCACCAAUAGUCUAAAAUGUGUUGUUGGCGGUGAGACCAAUGAAAGAAGUGUUUCUAACUGUCGUCUUGUAAGUUAGGGUAUUGGUCAACCUUCCCUCUUUUUUAAAAAGUAUUUCUAAUUUUCUCUUAGUAUAGUCGUGAUUUGUAAAUUGUCAUCAAAAGUUAGACAUUAUUAACUAAAUAAGUUAUGAUGAAAGUGGUAUCGUGUUUACUGUUUCUGGGUCUAGUGUGGGGAUGUGUGUGCACAGAGCAACAACAGGUAGAAAAUGGUGCCCGCCUUCUCAUUUCGAAACAGAUCCUAAAUAAAUAUUUAGUUGAAAACAUGGAUAUAAUUGUUAAGUACACGCUGUAUAACAUCGGAACCAGUGCCGCUCUAAACGUUGUAUUGAGUGACACUAGUUUCCAUUCGGAGGCGUUCACGGUUGUUGGAGGUCAGCUUACUGUCAAACUGGAUAGGAUUGCCCCUGCUACUAACGUGUCACAUGUUGUGGUCAUCAGACCCACCAAGUACGGUUACUACAACUUCACUGCCGCCGAGGUCAACUAUAAGCCCUCCGAGGAUGCCAACAGGGUUCAAGUUGCUGUAACAAGUGAGCCAGGUGAAGGAGUCAUUAUUGCUUUUAAAGAUUACGACAAGAAGUUCUCCCCCCAUUUGCUGGACUGGGGAGCCUUUGCUGUGAUGACUCUACCCUCUCUGGCCAUCCCCUUCCUUCUCUGGUGGUCCAGCAAGACAAAGUACGAGCAGAUCACCAAACACAAGAAAGACAAAUCAUCAAAAGACUGAACUGUUAGUUUACAUGCUACCUCUAAGUUAUAAUUUAUUUCCACUCAUUGUGUCUCGAAUAAAAUUUUUUAUACUGGGAUGGAA